GUGAAACUCAGUGUUGGUCAGUGUGACAGCAGAGCUGCAGCCCAGACGAGUCUGUGUGUUUCUGUCUGAAGAAACAUUAAAGUGAGUUCAUCAGGUGUUUCCUCAACAACUGACUCAAAUACUGUGUGUAGAUAUGUCUGCUGCCAGCAAUCUGCCAUCUGAAGAUCAGUUUCUGUGCUCCAUCUGUCUGGAUGUGUUCACUGAUCCUGUCAGCACACCAUGUGGACACAACUUCUGCAAAAACUGCAUCAUUACGAAGUGGAAUAUUAGCAACAGGUGCCAGUGUCCUGUGUGUAAAAAGUUAUUUAACACAAGACCUGAAUUUGAAAUCAACACUUUCAUCUCUGAGAUGGUCGCUCAGUUCAGACAGUCAGCUCAACAGAAAGCCAGCAGCAGCAGCUCAAAGCAACAAGUGUCCAAACCAGGAGAAGUUCCCUGUGACGUCUGCACUGGAACCAAACUGAAGGCCCUGAAGUCCUGCCUGGUGUGUCUGGUCUCCUACUGUGAGACUCACCUGGAGCCUCAUCUGACAAUGUCAGGCCUGAAAAGACAUCAGCUGAUCGACCCUGUGGAGAACCUGGAAGACAGGAUGUGUACGAAGCACGAUAAACCUCUGGAGCUGUUCUGUAAGACCGACCAGACAUGUGUCUGCAUGCUCUGCCAUGUUUCAGACCACAAGACACAUGAUGUUGUUCCUCUGAAAGAAGGAUAUGAAGGAAAGAAGGCUGAGCUGGGGAAGACAGAGGCUGAAAUUCAGCAGAUGAUCCAGAAGAGACGACUGAAGAUUCAGGAGAUCAAACACUCAGUCCGCCUGAGUGAGGAAGAUGCAGACAGAGAGGUAGCAGAAGGUGUUCAGGUCUUUACUUUUCUAAGGGAGUCUGUUGAGAGAGGCCUGAAUGAGCUCAUCGAUACGAUAGAAGAGAAGCAGAGGAGGACACAGAAACAGGCUGAAGGAUUCAUCAGAGAGCUGGAACAGGAAAUCUCUGAGCUGAAGAAGAGAAGCACUGAGGUGAAGCAGCUCUCACACUCUGAAGACCACCUCCAGCUUCUCCAAAGCUCCAUGUUCCUGAAAGCUGCUCCAUCCACCAAGGACUGGACAGAGGUCAGCAUUCAUCCACCACAUGUGGGGACUGUGAGGAGAGCUGUGUCUCAGCUGGAGGAGACAGUUAGUAAAGAGAUGAAGAAGCUGCUUGCAGAUUUUGAGCUGAAGAGGGUCCAGCAGUAUGCAGUGGAUGUGACUCUUGAUCCUGAUACAGCAAAUCCCUAUCUCAUCCUGUCUGAUGAUGGGAAACAAGUAAGUCUUGGUGAUGUAGAGAAGAAUCUCCCAGACAACCCAAAGAGAUUUUCUCUCUUUUUUUGUGUUUUAGCAAAGCAGAGUUUCUCAUCGGGCAGAUCUUACUUUGAGGUUCAAGUUAAAGGAAAGACUAAAUGGGAUUUAGGAGUGGCCAGAGAGUCGAUCAACAGGAAGGGAGUAAUCACAAUGAGACCUCAGGAUGGUUACUGGACUAUAUGUUUGAUAAAUAGAAAUGAGUAUGAAGUUCUUGCCGACCCUCCAGUCCGUCUCUCUCUGAAGUCUCAGCCUCAGAAGGUGGGGGUGUUUGUGGAUUUUGAGGAGGGUCUGGUCUCCUUUUAUGACGUAGAUGCUGCAGCUCUUAUCUACUCCUUUACUGGUUGCGCUUUUACUGGGAAGCUCUUCCCAUACUUCAGUCCCUGUAAUAAUGAUGGUGGUAAAAACUCUGCACCUCUGAUCAUCUCUCCUGUCAAUCAAACUGGCUGAUCUUUUUUAUGAUCAACAAUUUAUUGAACAAUGAAGCAUUGCCAAAAGUCCGAAAUCUUUGUGUAAAUAUAAACCAGACAAUGUUUUCAUACUGCAAUAAUGACACCGUCAUAAAUAUUAGGAUACUCAGUGUGUCAUGUAGCUUUAUGGUUACAAAAUGAGAGUUCAGUAUGUUUCACCCUGUCACCGGUAGAGUAAGGCUUCUUAAAGACAAAAUUUGUUUUCUGGUAUCUUCAAUAAUGAAGUGAUAAAUAGGGAUGUAACCAUACGCUGAAUUCAGCAAUACUGUGACAAAAAAGCCUCAAUACUUUUGUUGGACUGUGACAAAAUUUACCACAACAUUACAUUGUUAUUAUUUUGCUAGUAUCGUUGCUUUCUUCUAUCUCCCCUUGUCGUAAAUUGUCAGGCUUUGAAAUUAGUGCUUGUCCGGGGCAAGUGUAGUCUGUAACUCUGUGUUCGGGCUAGUGCAGCUGUCUGAUUAGAAAAGUGAACACACUCUGCACAAUAGAGUAACAAGCAAACUUUUUGUUAGGGACUUUAAAUGUCCCUCUCAUAGAUACAGAAACAGAUGCCUCAUUGGCUGUCCGAUGGUACGCCUCUAGCGACGCCAUAUUAGAGAGCUUGACUGGAAAAAAAAAAAAGAGACUAAACAGGGGAGCUGCGGUUUUCCGGAUAAAAAGCACUAUACCUUUUAUAUUUCUAAACGGAUUGACCAUAACAAAGUUUGGUCAUUUUUUCCACUGCUCAUUUUAGAAAGUCUAUCCCACUAUACAUUCGGACAGCGCUACAAAAUGGCAAAGUCACAAUUAUCCACUUUUGAUUGGACGUCACAGUUAUGUCAUAGCGGUUGCGUGCGCAUACUGGUGGCAGAAAAACAGCGGACACCAAUGAGAAACAGUUGAGAUAUGUGGAAUACAUAUGUCUUGUUGUGCCGCUGGAUGUCAGAACAGGAAAACAAUAAAAGAUAACCUUCAUGUUUGUCGAAAAAUGUCGCUGAGGACGCCGUUUGAAGCUAAAUGAAGACCUCUAUGGUUGCUAAAAUUUACACAAAAAAAGCCCAACAGUUACAGCAUGACAUAAUAUUUAGGCCUGUAUUUGCACCCACCUAGUGGCAGCAGUAUUUACAUUGUUCUAAAUGCAUUAAACAAUAAAAAGAAGUUCAUAGUAACCGAGCCAUGAGGUGCAAUUUAUCGUCAGUAUACAGCUGUUUGACUUUGUGUUAUGUCCUUGUCGCUGCUCAGCAGCACAUCUGUCUGUAAUAAACAAAAACCAUUUAACAAAUCUCUGUAUUAAACAUCCUAGACGUGACUGCAAAGAACAAAACUGUCUCCAUCCAGAGACAUGUAUGUCUAUUCUGUCGUAUAGACGCUGGGUUUUUCCACAAGGUUUAUGAGGAUAGUUUGUUCAUGCAGACCACAGAAAUAUACACAUUUAUACAUUAUGAUCUAUGCGUAGUAGAGAGUAAAGUUUUGUCUCCAGUUAAUUAUAAUCUCAAUAUUCAGGAUAUAAUGGCUGCUGGACGCUCAGUAGAGGAGUGUGUGUUUGGUUUACAUGAACUGAAUUACUGAUGUGCUGACAGAUAAUUCAUCAUCAUCAUCAGGAAUUGUAAAAACUCACAAACAUGGAUUUGUCUCAUUGUCCCUAAUAUUUGUGGAGACGUCCACAUAUAAUAUAGUUUAAUGUGAAACAGACAACUUUUUAACUAGCUAGCUAACGCUGUCUGUUUAUUAACUCCUUGAUUAGAACAGAAUAUAACUGCUCAUUUUAAAAAGGACACCACAAGAAAACAUGUUCUUUGUUUAGAUUAAUAAACAGAUGAUAGAUCAUUGUUUGUUUCUAGCUGUCAGCGAUCAGCUAAAGGUAGCAUGUUAGCUACGUUAGCUACAUGGCUAAUGUUAGCAAGCCUUUAAUUUUCCCUGCCUGGAUGCAGAUGUGGCUGUAAGUUAACAUAAACUCAAAAUGUGUUUUCUUGUGGUGUCCCUCCUAAAGUCAGCAGUAGUUAAAGUUAAUAUACUUUGUUAUGAUCAAGGUGUUAAUGAGCAGACAGCGUUAGCUAGCUAGUGUGCUAGCACGUUGAUGAGUUUCUCCAUAUUAAAUUAUAUGUGAACGUCUUCACAACUUUUUUAUCAAUAAGACAAAUCCAUGCUUGACAAAAGUGAGUUUUUACAAGUCUUAUGAUGGUUUAUCGUUCACUGCGUAAAUAAUUCAGUUCAUAUUCAAGGCUAACACACACUCCUCUACUGAGCGUUGAGCAGCAGUGAUUACAGCCUAAAUAUUGAGAUUCUAAUUAACUGUCUGUUUUCUGCUACACGUAGGUGAUAAACUCAUGGAUAUAAAAACAACUAAUUGCAAUAGGUUGAGAAAUAUAAACGUUAUAGUGCUUUUUACGUUUUAUUUGGCGCUCACACCGACACCACUGCUGUCCCUUUCUGACACCAGUUCAGCUCCGCCCACAAAAUACAUCAUCACUGUUUACCAACACAAACAGGCUGGACUAUGUAGUGAGUAGUAUGUAGUGGAGUUGAUUUCUGACACAGCCUUUGUUACUAACUAGCUUUGCCAUUUGCAAAUUACUUAUAUAUCAACUGAUGUCACAAAGCAACCAACAGCAGAUCCAUGCAUCACAGCUUCACAGCUACUGAAUUCACUGUGUGAAUCCGGCACCCUGGCUGCGGGAGUCUGGAUGAAUCAGCUGACGUUAUGCAUUCAUUACAGUAUUUAGCUACGUUUGCUAGCAAUCUGUCUGCCUUAGAAAGCAAGCCAACUUAAGCUAACAUUAGCCAGCCAAAACUACAAUAUCAUAAUAUAUUUUGCAUGCUAGUGUUUCCGCAAAAUGUAUUCAGUGGAAACGGAGCAUUGGACAGUUUGUUGUGGUACGUGUGGGUCAUUUGGGGAACUACCCAUUGGUCCGACAGCCCAUUGUUCCGACCAUAUUAAACCCAUUGUUCCGAAGUCCGUUCCGAAAUCAUCAUGAUGCCCUGUGGUUAAGGUCUGGUUAGGUUUAGGCACAAAAGCCACUUGGUUAGGGUCAGGAAAAGAUCAUGGUGUGGGUUAAAAUGAAAAAGAAAGUGGCAAACACAUAAGCUGUGAGCCUGCUCCGCCUCAAGUCUUUCCCAGCUGACACAGAGCCGGUCGCAGCGCACCAUCAAGGCAGAAAUGUUCAGCACCACGGACAGUCGGACUAAUGGGAUGUCGGACCAAUGGGCUGUCGGACCAAUGACAUGGACCCAUCAUUUGUUGACAUUAGCGGACUCCAUGUCUUUGCUAACAUUAGGUACUGUGGCACACUUUAGUGCUGUAGCAGAGCUGAGGAGAGACGCAGCUCGCUGUUGGCAGUAUUUUGCCCAGAGGACUUUCUAGCAGAAUUCUUGGUUAAGGUUCAUCGCAUCCCUUGGAUUUCCUGAAAAAUUUGGCUACGGUGCUUUACAUAGAAGUCAGUCCACAGGCUGUUAGAGGCAACCAACCUUAAGUUUUUAACAUAGUCUGUAUAAAGAUGGACGAUGCGUCUGCACUUACCCCCACUAUAUAAAAGUGACGCUAAAAUAUCUUGUUAAGGUGACAUUAAUCGGAGCCAGAGUCUGCGCAGUAGAGAUCUCUGCUGUAUCAAGUCUCCUGCUCAGACACCCAUCCAACUAAUGGCGAGUAGCGCCACUGAACGUGAGCCCACCAAUUGGCCCCGUUUCAUACAGACUCAUAUAACUAAUUAAAAUGUAACUUAUAAGAAAAACAAACACUUGAGGCAAACAUCAGCGUGAUAAGAACUUCCUUAAAUGACAAAAAACAUAUCUGGGAAAAAUGUAUUUGAUUCGUAUGUUGAGUGUUUGGCCUGUGUCCCAUCCACUAACAUAGAGGGGGCGGAGUUUAUGACCUAUACUGCAGCCAGCCACCAGGGGGCGAUCCAGAUGUUUCGGCCUCACUUUUAGGGAGCUGCCAUGUCGUCCAUCUUUACAUAGAGUCUGUGGUUUUUAAGUUACGUUACAAUAAAACGUUGCAAUAAAAAAAAUUAAUACAUAUAAAAAGUUACAUAAAGAAUUGUUACUAAAUGAUGAUAUUUGUCCAAAUGGAGCUCUGAUUUAUGUUUUUGUCUGAAAAGCAGUGGGCACAAUCAUACCAGUCAGCGAGUCAGUUAAGAGUCAUCAGUUUAUGAUUAAAAAAAGUUGAUUUUUAAAAGAUUAUUGUAUCAUUUCUUCAUUUUUAAAAUAUUGUGAUUAAUAUUGUAUCGUGGACUUUUUAUCGCAAUAAUAUAAUAACACAAGUUUUUGGUAUUGUUACAUCGCUGGUGAUUGGUUUAACUAUAACUUACUGAAUUAUGGAUGCAGUUGUACUGAUUGCUUUAGAGAUUUUGUUUAUCAGGUGCAGAUGUUACUUGGCUGUGGGUCCUGUCCACCUCUGGAUGUUAAUAACGACAAUGUCUUUUCUCACCUUUUACAUAAUAACACAUUUUAUUAACAUUUAUUUACUAAAUGAGAGAGAAUAUUCUACUGCAAUAAUUGUAAUGUUGAUUUUAAAAAGAUUUUUUAAUCUGCAGAAAUUAUAUUAUUUUACAUUUUAUACUAAUUUACUUUUUUUAACUUUCUUUCAUUGUAAUUUUAUUUUGUUUAUGUAAAUCACUUGUGAUGGCUGUUCGACCUGUGUUUGAAUACUAUAAUAACCAGAUAAUUUUUUUUUCCAAACAAGUCCAUGACAGGUUGGUACAUAAGUCCAGCUGUGAGUCCUCAGCCUCGUUCAUAAAAGACAGAAAAUGUUGAUAUAUGUCAGUGACUUAAACAGAUGCUGUAAAGUGAAUGAAAACAUAUUUUUGUGAUAAAUAAAACUGCAGUUAAA